AUGAAACGGAGAGGUUCUACAGAUAUAAGCGUGGCGUUCGACAAUAAUAAUAACGAUAAUAAUAAUAAUAAUAAUGGAAAUCCUACCUCUUCCAACAGAGGCCGGAUGACCCCUUGGAGGUCGCUACGGUCUGCAUUCAGUCGACGAGGAUCUGCAGCAUCAACAGCAUCUUCGUCUGGAUCUCUAUUCAGUAUGCGGUCUGGCGGGACCGAAUCGACAACAGCCAGUUCCAUCUACUCAACAACCACUAGCGAGAACUUGUGUCCAGGGGGUAGCGGAAGCAAUGGCUUUUGGGAUGGAAUCGGAUCUAAGGCAGCAGUAACAACACAAGUUUCCACAGAGGGGACACCCAUGAUGAAGCCGGCUGUAUAUGGGCGAAAAGUAGAGCCGCGGCUAGAUCUGGAUGGCCACCAACAGCACUAUAACAUGGCACACAGCGCAGUUAGUAGUGGCAGCUGUGGAGGCCCCCCCAGUAGUGCGGUAAGCACACAAAGUAGUUUUGCCGGCAGCACACAAACCUUACAGGAGGAGCACUACUUAAAUGUGCAAAAAACCCAACAGGUAAAAUAUCAGCAACAGCUCCACCAGCAACAACUUGACUUUCAUCGUCGUCAGAUUCAAGAACCCGUAAUGACCCCUAACAAGUAUUCUCAACGACAACCGCCCCAAACACAUGCUGAGGGAAACGACCGUCGACGUGGAUCAUCUCUUGGAGAUGCACUUAACUCUCAAUAUGAUCUCCCUGGCAGACAUUUGUCAUCCACUCAAGGAAAUCGCAAAAGUAGUUUACUGUUUAACCGGUCAAUUUUUAAAGGCAACUCGGGUUCUGAUCAAGUGGCCCGCAAAAAUAGUACUGCAUCUUCAGUCUCCGUGAGCACCUCAUCAUCCGUAGCCACGGGAAUCUCUUCAACCGCUUCUACCUCCUCCCAGUCAUAUGGGCUUGUGUCUCGCGGUCAUUCAAACCCCCUGCAGACAAGCGAGUCAGAGAGAAUUAAUUUUUUCAACAAUAUCCAAGAAAAAUUUCUACAGCUAACGCUGUCAACACGCACCCAGCGCGUCAUUGACUACGCCCGCGACAUUACAAUCAACAAGGAGCUGCUGGAUCAAGAUCUACAAGCUCCUGCAGAUGUUAUCACCAUUGAUAAUAUUUUAAUGCAGCUCCGGGUGUUACGCGAAGCCAUCCUCUCACUCCCACCCACAGAUUUCCACAAAGAUGUUCUCAUCUUUUCCAUCCUUGUUUCAGCCGUCUACGGACAUUACCAGACCUAUACUCCGGCAUUCCUGACACUAUUGAACGAUAUACUUCCCGAGCUAUUGGAUACUGCUCAGCUAGAAGAUUACUAUCGUGAAGACGAGUUCCAACGAGUUUGUACAAUCUACAUCUAUCACCUCGUCCACUACGCAGAUGACUGUGCCAGCGCAUUCCAACUUCUGGGCCAGUACUAUUCGCCGGAAUCUCCGCUGUAUGAAUUUAUUGGCUGCUGGGUCGACCGCGAUUACUUCCAGUGGCGACGCGCAUUUGAUGCCGAGCGUGACCCCGCUCUCCACCGAAUGAUGGCGUUUGGCGAACUGACCAUGGCUAAGGAAGCACUCGCCCGGGUAGGCCGUAGCUACCUGCGCAUGGACCGAACCGAGCUCGAGUCUGUGUUAGGAAUGGAUUGGUCGCGACUGGUUAAUGAUCUGCAUUGUGAAUGGGCACUUGAAGGAGAUGUGGUGAUGAUUCGCAAGACCAAAUAA